GCAAGGAGCCAGUCACGGUUACAGCAGCGGGCGAAGGUCUGUUUAGAAGUGUGUGAAAGGGAAGCUCCGCCCGCGGAGUGUGACGUAUGUUCCUAAGAUCUCGCCACUGGCAGCCUACGAGAGGGGGGAUCUAGAAUCUUCUUGUGGUGUCACCGCCUCCUCCUUAAACGUAUUGCGUUUGAAAACUCCCCCGUGCUGCGCUCAGCCUUGAGAUGUCCCAACGACGUGCUUACACUAGCCGGCUGGACUGCGGCACCGGCUCGGCGGCAGGUGGAGGUGUUUCGGCGGCGGCUUUGGUUCUGCCGGUGCCCUGUACGGACGGACUGCGCUCUCUGGGGGGUCACCCUGUGGAAGGGCUACGGGACGUCCCGGCCAAGAAGAAAGUGGUCAUGGGAGCUCUGCCCUAUUAUUGUAGCGGGGAGGUGGUGAGAGGGUUCGGCAGAGGGUCCAAGGAGCUCGGCAUCCCCACAGCUAAUUUCCCUGAACAUGUUGUGGACAAUCUUCCUGCUGACUUAACUACUGGAAUCUACUAUGGCUGGGGCUGUGUUGGUGAUGGGGAGAUUCACAAAAUGGUGAUGAGUAUUGGCUGGAAUCCUUUCUACAAGAACACCAAAAAAUCUGUGGAAACUCAUGUAAUUCAUCAGUUUGAUGAAGACUUUUAUGGUGAAAUACUUAGCAUAGUCAUUGUGGGUUACAUCAGGCCAGAAAAAAGUUUUGACUCAUUAGAUGCCCUUAUUGCUGCGAUUCACAGUGAUAUUGAAGAAGCCAAAAAUCAACUGGACCUGCCAGAAUUCAGAAAGUUGAAAGAGAAAUAUUUCAACAACUCGCACAAAAUAAUGAAUGGCCAUUGAUGCUCGUCUCUAAUUUUAGUAAAUGAAUUGCACUGUUAUAACGUUUUUGGUCAAGUUAAUUUUAGACCAACUCUUUCUCAUUAAGGCUUGUUAUGUAUUUAUUAUUUAAUAUAUAUCUAGAACAGGUCUAAAAGUGAUAAAACGGUCAUCUUUGUAAUGCACUUUUACACCCCCCCCCCCUUUAUUUAAUUUUUAUUUGAUUUAUGGUUAAACAAAAUAUAAAACCACUGGGACAAUCUGCUAGACUGAACACAUCAGAUGGACUAAAUUGGUAAAGUGUAAUUUUACAUUUGUUAUGUUACCCAAUGAUUCUACAGUUGUAGAAUCUUUACAUAUUUGAGGUGAGGUUUUGUAAUAUGUUACAUGAAAGCUACAGAAACGCACUACACUAAAUCUCUUUUAAUGUGGACAUAUACAUUUUUGCUAAAGUGUUUACAUACACAAAUUUUAGCUCGAUGCAGCUACCUAUGUAAGUUAUUUAUUUUUGUUAUCAGUGUAGACAUCCAUGACUCUUUCCAUGCAACGCACAAGACGGCCAGUAUAAGAUUUUUUUUUUUAUAAUAUUGCUUCCUACCUUCAGCUACCGUAUAUUAAAAGGGGAGGGGGAACCUCUGUCCAUUCUGUGCACCACUCUACUGCUAAUAUUUGUUGCUUCCUGGUUUAUAAUAAAACCAAUCUCAAAUUGAAUUCUCCCUAGUAAGUAUCACUUUUUACUUCAUGUUGAGGGAACUAUGAACCCUACAUACUAAUCUAGAGCUUGUUUAUGUAAUAUUUUGAAAUGAAGUAAUAAGGGCAUUUAAGUUGUAACAAUAAUUAUUUCUUGUUUGAUACACAAUGGCACCGCAUUCUUCUAGAGUGCCCUGGGAACCCUACAACCUGGAGCAUGCUGAUAAGCAAAUGUCAAAAGCUGUACCCCCCACCAACUGCAUUUUACUAUUGGGUCAUCACUGUGGUGGGUUGGCCCAUGAUUGGGCAAUGCUGUUGACAAGAGAAGAUGGUCAAGAUUUGUGUAUUAGCACAACGUGGAACGUUUAAAAGUUCCUGCUAUGACAUGUAAGGGCAGUUUAUUAUUAUGACCACGGUUUUUGUUUUAAAAAAAAAAAAAAUCUCCAAGAGCCAAAUGGGUAAAAAUUUGUCAAAUCUUACUGAAUAGCAAAACGCUUUAAAAAGACACUAUAUAUGGAUGGUGUGUAAGAAACAUGCUUAGAAUCUGUUAAUAUCCAGCAUACUUAAAACAUUUUAUACUUGA